AUGGUGGCGGCCGUGUCGGCCGAGACCCCCUCCACCUCGGCCAUGCGCGGCGCGCCCAAGGGCGGCAGCCUGAAGACAGCAGAGACGACCGCCCUGGCCCACCACUCCGUGGCCGAGCCGGCGUGGCAGAAGCAGUGGCGCGAACUCCAGAACAAGCUGGGCUCGCACCCCCUCUUCUCCCGCCUGUCCUCCCACCUGGACCAGCAGGUGCUGACGCGCGGGCGCGACGUGGCGGGCUCGCUGCGCGAGCGGUGGGAAACCUCCGACUCCCCCCUGGUGCACCGCCUGCAGGACGCCGCGGACUCGUGGUCGCAGGAGUCGGAGGGCGCGGCGGCGCUGCGCGAGAUCCGCGCCCGCGACCCCGAUUUUGACAUGGUCCGCUUUCUCGCGCGCGUCAGGGCUGACGUCCCCGUCAUCAUCGGCGCCUACCUACGCGGCGAGGCUGACGUCAUCCGCGAGCACUGCUCGCCCGAGAUGGUGGAGCGGCUGACGGGGAUUAUGGCCGCCACCGCGCAGUCGGGGCAGGUGCCGGACCCCACGCUGCUGGACACCUCCGACGUGGAGCUGGUGGACCUGAAGCUGUCGGAGGAGGCGCCCUGCGUAGUGGUCCAGUUCACCUGCCAGCAGAUCAACUGCGCGCGCGACAGCCAUGGCAACGUUGUGGACGGCGCGCCGGACGAUGUGCACCGCGUCUACUAUUUUUGGGCGCUGCAGCAGGAGGCAGAGGGCUACAUGGGCACCGAUGGCACCUACCAGCCCCCGCGCUGGCAGCUGCGGGAGAUGAUGAUCCGGGGCAUGCACCACCUGCUGUGA